UGUGCUGCCACUGCAAGGCAACUGAAUCCGAACCACCAAACACUCAAAUUGUGGUGGGAGUUAAAAACAAAGGCAGACUGCAAUCUUUUCUUGGCCUCUGCUUGUAAACCAACAAUUCUGUCCACAUCUCAAAACCAAUAAGAAACAAUCUCAUCGCAACCACAAUCUCUCUGUCUCUGUUCCUUUGUGUGAAAUCCACUCUCCACAAGAGUGGUUGGUCGUCCCUUUGUUUUUCAAGUGAGUCUCUAACCCAACCACUCUCUUGUGGCUCUCAAUCCUAUCCUAAAGAUUCAUUUCACGUUUUCUCUUUUAUUCCCUAUAGAUUCUCUCAUCAGUCUCACACCCCACAAAUACAAAACCUAUUAAAAAAAAAGCUUCACCAAACCCACCCCUCAAGAAAAAAAAAACUUUUGGGGGCUUUUUGUAGGAAAUGUCGUGUCAGUUUUUGAUUUGAUCACUUGGGUUGGGACUCCUAACUGUCUCUCGAAUUCGAUUCUUUCUCAUUGUGCUGCGUUUUUAAGAUGGGAGACGUAGCUAAGGACCUGACGUCUGGAACUGUUGGAGGAGCUGCACAGUUGAUAGUUGGGCACCCUUUUGAUACCAUCAAGGUUAAGCUUCAAAGCCAACCUGCUCCACUCCCUGGGCAACCACCGAAGUAUGCUGGUGCUAUGGAUGCUGUCAAGCAAACUUUAGCUGCUGAAGGCCCAAGGGGUUUGUAUAAAGGUAUGGGGGCUCCACUGGCCACUGUGGCAGCCUUCAAUGCCGUCCUUUUUACUGCGAGAGGGCAAAUGGAGGCAUUGUUGAGAUCAGAACCUGGUGCCCCCCUCACAGUUAGCCAGCAGGUUGUUUGUGGGGCUGGGGCUGGAGUUGCUGUUUCAUUCUUAGCUUGCCCCACUGAGUUGAUCAAAUGCAGAUUGCAAGCCCAAAGUGCACUGGCAGAUUCUAGCUCAGCUGGUGUGGCAGUGAAGUAUGGAGGGCCAAUGGAUGUAGCCAGGCAUGUUCUGAGGUCAGAAGGUGGCAUAAGGGGUCUCUUCAAGGGCUUGGUUCCGACCUUGGCACGUGAGGUUCCUGGAAAUGCAGCUAUGUUUGGUGUCUAUGAAGCACUGAAGCAGUACAUGGCAGGAGGGCCAGACACUUCUAAAUUAGGAAGAGGCUCUUUGAUCGUGGCUGGAGGCUUGGCUGGAGCUUCAUUUUGGUUCUCUGUCUACCCAACUGAUGUUGUCAAGAGUGUGAUCCAGGUAGAUGAUUACAAAAAUCCUAAGUACACUGGCUCCAUAAAUGCCAUAAGGAGGAUCUUAGCUUCAGAGGGGGCGAAAGGCCUGUACAAAGGGUUUGGUCCUGCCAUGGCCCGGAGUGUCCCUGCAAAUGCAGCAUGCUUCUUGGCAUACGAAGUGACAAGGGCUAGUUUGGGCUGAUCAACUGUUGCACUCCGAUUCCUCACCAAGCAUGGUUAAAAGUUUGCCAUUGUUAUCAUAUUGCUUUUAUCGAAGCCGAUUAUCUCUGUCAAUGAACUAUGCUGUUUAAACGACGUUUUGGCAAUAUGGUAACAGGGUUUCCAUUCUUCAAGAUUGCUGUAACUUCCAUUGACUGGAAGAAACAUUCUUUCAUAAAUCAACCAUAUUUAUAGUUACUCCUCGCUAAA